AUCGCCGAGCUGCAACAAUUUAUUUGGCAAAUUAGAGGCUGCUUGAAUAGGAAAUAAGUUGAAGCUGAAUGUACAUAGUUUUUCGCGGACCAAUAGAAAUACAGGUUUCUCCUCCGUGAAGUUUCAUCUCGGAGGCGCACUACCAGCCAUGAUUAGAACAACAUGGAGGAGAAUUUACGACAAAAAUACGAUCUUGAAAAGGUGCAAUUCGAAUUUGAUGUCGUUCAAAAGGAAGUCAGGACCGUUUCCUUCGUCUACGGAAUUCCCCGUUCAUUUCCUUCCAUCUGGCUUCCAUCUGGCUUCCUAAAAGUGUAGUGGGUGGGUGCAAGGCCAUUUUGUAAUGAGAGUAUAAAAGCGGCGGAUCACAACUCUGUUGGAUAUCUUCACUGCUGAGCUCCAGUUGAGGAACAAUGAAGUCUUCAUCGUUGAUUUGUGUGUUGGCGUUGGUGGCUGCGGCCAGCGCUGCUCCCCAGUAUCCGAUCCUUUACCCCGUCGGUUCACCUUUGUCACCUGUGCAGCCUUGCUCACAGGAUGAAUUUGGCCGUCUCAUUCCUGGCGGAUUUGUUUAUCCCGGCCAAGGAAAUAUGCAGAUUGGUUCUUGGCCCUGGGGACUGAUGAACCCUAUGCCUUUCUACCCCACCGAUCCUCGUUUUAUUGUCCUCCCUGGACCUGGAAUCCCAAUCACCAGCGACAACUCUGAGAUCAAACCCAUCUCCCCGACCGUUCCAAUCCCUGGAAUCACCCCUGCGGAAUCCAAGCCAAGGGAAUGGUUAUCCUCCACUCCAACUGUUGCCUCAAGAUCUCGUUGCCUUGCAGAUUAUCGCAGUCAAAAACCUGAAGCCCCACGGUCCGCCAACGUAAUAGGAUACAUGGUAGCAAGUGAUAUUGCCACCCCCCAUCAGUACCCGUUCAUGGUGUCGCUUGUUGAAUUGAACGAUAAAUCCAGGAGAUUCGAGUUAGCCUGCGGUGCAUCUUUGAUUAGUCCAACUAAAAUCCUGACAGCCGCCCAUUGCGUAACCGACAACUAUGCCAAUCUUCUCCCGGCGAGCCAAUUCCAAGUUAAGCUUGGUGUACACUUCUUGAACAAAACAACAGACGACGCCCAGUUGUCAAAGAAUGUCAAAAAAAUUAAGAUCCACGAGGAAUACGGUUUCGAUGAUGAUGGGAAUCCUCAUAACGACAUCGCCAUUCUGACGCUGUCUUCACCCGUGGAAUACACGGACACCAUUUCCCCAAUUUGCUUGGUACCAAAUUGCUUAAACGACGAAAGCGGCCAAGCAGUAAUUGCCAUGGGAUGGGGAGACACGACCGACGGAGGAAAAGAUUCUGAUUACCUAAGACACGCGGAACUUUCUACGGUUUCGGACGCAAAAUGCCGGAGAGGUCAUGGUCGUUUUUUCGAUGGCGAACACAUGUUUUGUGCCUUUAAAGAAGGUCAAGAUACCUGUCAAAAUGACAGUGGUGGCCCAUUGGUCAUAGAGAACAAAUCCCGAGAUGACAAGUCGUGUCGUUUUAUGCAAGUGGGUAUCGUCAGCUUUGGAAAAGGCUGCGCCAGAGGCGUCCCCGGUGUUUAUGUUCGAGUCAAAAACUAUUUGCCUUGGAUUGAGAACAACUCAAAAUAAUGCGGAUAACCUGCCAACGAAAUCUUCCGUCGCAUUUGCAAUCCGUGACUCCUUCGACCGACCGACCGAUACGCGCGAUUAAUCCCGAUUGAAUGGCCAACUCAUUUUCUUAUCCCUUUGAAUAUUUUUAAUUACUUUGAUGUCUGUAAUUGGUCUAAAAUUCUAAAAGGCAAUUAAAAUUUUUGUUAGAA